GGGCGGUGAGGAAACAUGGCGGCGGGGAGCGCGGAGGGGCCGCAGGAGAUGAUGGAGGUCUUCUUCCCAGAUUGUUGGUUUUAGGAAGAUCUGAAGGGAGGAAAAAGUGCACCCAAAAUCAAACUAGAAACAAGGGUCGAUAAGCGGAUCGAAUCGGAGGAGUCGGGCGACGAGGAAGGGAAGAAACAAGCGGCUUCCCUAGUAACAGACCUCAGCCAGCAGAGCCUGCGAGAGGAGCAGAAUGGCGAGAACUCCACAGGAGAAGCGGAGACACCAGUGGACAUGGAGACAAUUAGCCUGGACCCAGAGGCUGAGGAUGUUGACUUGAACCAUUUCCGAAUUGGGAAGAUAGAAGGAUUUGAAGUGCUCAGGAAAGUGAAGACUCUGUGUCUACGUCAGAAUUUGGUUAAGCGCAUUGAGAAUCUGGAGCAGCUGCAGACCUUGCGGGAGCUGGACCUCUAUGAUAACCAGAUUCGGAAGAUCGAGAACUUGGAGGCUCUAGCAGAACUCGAGGUCCUUGACAUCUCCUUUAAUGUUCUGCGACAAAUCGAGGGACUAGACCAACUUGCUCAGCUUAAAAAACUCUUCCUUGUCAACAACAAAAUCGGCAAAAUUGAGAAUUUAAGUAACUUACAGCAGUUACAGAUGUUAGAGUUGGGAUCCAAUCGCAUUCGGGCAAUUGAAAACAUUGACACCUUGACUAAUCUUGACAGUCUGUUCCUUGGAAAGAAUAAAAUCACCAAACUCCAGAACUUGGAUGCACUAACAAACUUGUCUGUGCUCAGCAUACAGAGCAACCGUCUGACCAAGAUCGAGGGUCUGCAGAGCCUGGUGAACUUGCGCGAGUUGUACCUCAGCCACAACGGUAUCGAAGUCAUCGAGGGACUGGAAAACAACAACAAACUUACAAUGCUGGACAUUGCUGCCAACAGAAUCAAAAAGAUUGAGAAUAUUAGCCACCUCACGGAGCUGCAGGAGUUCUGGAUGAAUGAUAAUCUCGUCGAGAGCUGGAGUGACCUGGAUGAGCUGAAAGGAGCCAAGAACUUGGAAACUGUUUAUCUGGAGCGAAACCCCUUGCAGAAGGAUCCCCAGUACCGGCGCAAGAUCAUGUUGGCCCUCCCGUCUGUCCGGCAGAUUGAUGCCACCUUUGUUCGAUUCUGAACCUCCCACUGCCCUUCYCUCCUGCCCUCCUUGCAGAAAUGUCCAAGCUGGGUUUUUUAUCCACUUACCACUCCCUAGGUCUUCAGUACACUGACUUGCAAAACAAAUGGUCAAUAAAAAGCACUGAAUCCAAGAUCUUGUGUACAAUGCACUUGUUGUUUUUGAAAUGUUAUUAUUAUUAAAUCUUGACACAAGAG